AUGGCGAUUAAAAUCAUGACCGAAGAGGCGCCAGUCCCCAAGUCCGCCAUCUUGGUCGCGUGGGCUUUCGUCGCUGCAAACCCUCUUCUGGUUCCUGCCGUCACCCUCUUCGUCCUUCUGGUCGUGCGACCCCUCUACAGACGAUAUUCGUCGCCUUUGCGACAGUUCCCUGGACCCUUCCUCGCCUCGUGCACCCGAGCAUGGCGGAUGUGGAGCGUCUGGACGGGCAAGAACGAAGAGCACUAUAUCGCAGUCCACAAGAAGUAUGGGCCAAUAGUCCGGACUGGACCAAAUGAAGUCUCGCUUUCGUCACCAGAAGCCGCCCUCGACCUAUUCAAGACUGGCAAGGGAUUCCACAAGACCGACUUCUACGGCGUCUUUCCGCCUCCAGAGAAUCCAGAUAUCUUUACCGAGACAAGGGAGUCUGUGCAUGGCGUGAAGAAGCGAUAUGCAACCACCCCAUACAGUCUGGCUGCAAUGCAACAAUGUACCGACCGCAUCGAAGGCACUGAGCAGCUGCUCAUUUCACAGCUGGAUAAGUUUACCGAAACUCGCAAAAUUUGCGACUUAGGAGAUUGGUUGCAUUUCUUUGCUUUUGAUGUCUUGGGCGAGGUCGCGUUUUCGAAGAAGUUUGGCUUCCUCGAGGCAGGUGUCGACGUAGACCGGGCAAUCAAGACCAUUGACGAUUCGCAAUGGUACAACGGCCUGAUUGGGCAGGUUCCCUGGCUUGACCACAUCUUCAGACGUAAUCCUCUUUGGCAAUUCAUUCCUUUCCUAGCUACCAAGAACGCUCUAGUCACACGUGUCGCUAUGGGCCAGCUUGAGAAGCGCACCAACCCUCAAGGCGAAAAGGUCGAGUACAAGGAUCUCCUCAACAGUUUGAUCGAAGCACAGAAACAGCACCCGGAAGCCCUCGGCAAAGGCGACGUAUUCGCCAUUGCGCAUGGUGCCAUUUUCGCGGGAAGUGAUAGCACGGCGAGUACCAUGCAGAGCUUCAUGUGGCAAGUGGUGUCGAACAAGCGUGUGUACGACAAACUGAUGAAGGAGAUUCUGGCUGCCGAUCUCUCGGACAUGGUCACGUACAACGAGGCUCAAAACCUGCCAUAUUUCCAGGCCUGCUUGAAGGAAGCCAUGAGGAUCAACCCCGCUGUCGGCUUGAACAUCACGCGAAAGGUGCCGCCUGGCGGUGCGGAGCUCGGGUGCCAUAAGCUGCCAGGUGGUACAGAAGUCGCAGUCAAUGGCUGGGUUCUGCACAGGGACACCGGCAUUUUCGGGCAAGAUGCUGAAGUAUUCAGGCCAGAAAGAUGGAUUGAAGGCGACAAGGAGAGUAUAAAGAGAAUGGAGAGGUGUAUGUUCCAGUUUGGUGGCGGAUCCCACGUCUGCAUCGGUCGACAUCUCGCUCUGCUGGAAAUGAACAAGGUCUUGCCUCAGCUACUACGACGAUACGAAAUCCAGCUUGUCAACCCCAACAAGGCCCUCGAUCACCAUUCCAGUUUCUUCGUUGUACAGUGGGGUCUUUUGACAUACCUUAAGCUGAGAGAAAAGGCAUAA